GCGCCGGCGGCCGGACAACCGGUGGAGAGCUUCCCGCUGGAUUUCACGGCCGUGGAGGGCAACAUGGACAGCUUCAUGGCACAGGUCAAGAGCCUGGCGCAGUCCCUGUACCCCUGCUCGGCGCAGCAGCUCAACGAGGACCUUCGCCUGCACCGUCUGCUCAACACGUCGGUGACCUGUAACGACGGCAGCCCCGCGGGCUACUACCUGAAGGAGUCCAAGGGCAGCCGGCGGUGGUUGCUCUUUUUGGAAGGCGGCUGGUACUGCUUCAACCGUCAGAACUGCGACUCCCGGUACGACACUAUGCGGCGCCUCAUGAGCUCCAAGGACUGGCCGCGCACUCGCACAGGCACAGGGAUCCUAUCCUCACAGCCCGAGGAGAAUCCACACUGGUGGAAUGCCAACAGGGUCUUCAUCCCCUACUGCUCCAGUGAUGUGUGGAGUGGGGUGUCCUCCAAGUCUGAGAAGAACGAGUAUGCAUUUAUGGGUGCCCUUAUCAUCCGGGAGGUGGUACAAGAACUUCUGGGCAAAGGGCUGAGCGGGGCUCGGGUGCUGCUUCUGGCUGGGAGCAGCGCUGGCGGCACAGGUGUGCUGCUGAAUGUGGACCGUGUGGCCGAACAGCUGGAGGAGUUGGGCUACCCGGCUAUCCAGGUUCGGGGCCUGGCUGACUCAGGCUGGUUCCUAGACAACCAGCAGUACCGCCGCACUGACUGCGUCGACACCGCCACCUGUGCCCCCACUGAAGCCAUCCGCCGUGGCGUCAGGUACUGGAAAGGGGUGGUCCCCGAGCGCUGCCGCCGUCAAUUUGAGGAGGGUGAGGAGUGGAACUGUUUCUUCGGAUACAAAGUUUACCCCACCCUUCGCUGCCCUGUGUUCGUGGUACAAUGGCUGUUUGAUGAGGCACAACUCACGGUGGACAAUGUGCCCCUCACGGGGCAGCCCGUGCAAGAGGGCCAGUGGCUGUACAUCCAGAGCCUGGGCCAACAGUUGCGGGACACACUCAAGGAUGUGGCGGCCAGCUUUGCUCCUGCCUGCCUCUCCCACGAGAUCAUCAUUCGCAGCCAUUGGACAGACGUCCAGGUGAAAGGCACCUCGCUGCCCCGUGCACUACACUGCUGGGACAGAAGUCUCCAGGACAACCACAAGGCCAGCCGGGCCCCCCUGAAGGGUUGUCCAGUCCACCUGGUGGACAGCUGCCCCUGGCCCCACUGCAACCCCUCAUGUCCCACCAUCCGGGACCAAUUCACGGGCCAGGAGAUGACUGUGGCCCAGUUCCUCAUGCACAUGGGCUUCGAUGUGCAGACUGUAGCCCAGCAGCAGGGCCUAGAACCCAGUAAGUUGCUGGGGAUGUUAAGCAGCGGGAGCUAG